GCAGAGCAACCUGGAUACACUCAGCAUACCCUGUUCAAACAAGCCAGCUUUCUAUUAACUCAGAUAGGGAAGGGUAGCGAAGGGCAGAGAGCUGGCAACUGGCAUUCAUGUGUCAAAACAUAUCUUGCAGCCAUUUUAUUUCCUGAAGCCUGAGGAUCUGAGGGGGCAGGCGGGCUCUGUGGUGUGAGUCAGUGUCGUCUUACAUCCUGUAAUCAGGCUGUGAGUGCUGGAGACGGCAGUAAACUGAGGGGCGGCAACACUGAAUGGACAGAAUAUGGGGUCAGAUGAGGCCUACAACUUUGUCUUUAAGGUGGUUCUAAUAGGAGAAUCUGGAGUAGGAAAGAGCAACCUGCUGUCCCGCUUCACCAAAAACGAGUUCAACCAUGACAGUCGCACAACCAUCGGGGUUGAGUUCAGCACACGGACAGUGCAGCUCAGAGGCUUCACCAUCAAGGCCCAGAUCUGGGACACGGCUGGUCUGGAGCGAUACCGGGCCAUCACUUCUGCGUAUUACAGAGGUGCAGUUGGAGCCCUGCUGGUCUAUGACAUCACCAAACACCUAACCUAUGAGAGCGUGGAGCGCUGGCUGAAGGAGCUGUACGACCACGCUGACCCCCACAUUGUGGUCAUGCUGGUGGGCAACAAGACUGACCUGGAGUCAGAGAGAUCCGUGCCCACAGAGGAGGCAAAAGACUACGCAGAAAAGCAUGGCCUUUUGUUUCUGGAGACGUCUGCCCUUGAGUCGACAAAUGUGGAUGCAGCUUUCAACAACGUCCUAGCAGAGAUUCACAAGAAGGUGAGCAGUAAGGAAGUGGUUCGAGGCUCGAUCAGCGCUGUGUCCUUGAACAACAGAGCAGAAGAGACGGAGGAGAAUAAGCCCUGCUGCAGGAACAUCUGACCACAAGAUCCUUCAGGAGCCUCAGGGUGGGUGACAGGUGACCCACAACCCUGUGCUCGAGAGCUCGAUGACAGGCGGGGGAACAUGGCAACUGUGUGUGCCAAUAUCACCGGUCCUGGCUUAUGUGAUGCCACUUUGAAAAUGACUGAUUUACAAGUCUUACAAGCUGCAUGAUGGCGUGAUGUAUUCAAAUAAUGAUUCAUAUAUGUGAAUGAAUGUAGCUGGAGACCAACAUGAAUCCUUUUAAGAUUAUUGAACAUAGGUCAAAAGUAAAACACCAACACCGUGUUACCUGUAACAUGACAUAUGUAUAAUCAAUGCACAGAAUUUGAGUACCACAGACACAUCAUGCCAUGUGUAAAUGUAAAUAACACAUGACGGUUGGUUGGUUGGUGUCACUCUGAGUGUUGCUGUCACUGCUGUGUGUGUGCUCCAUCUUAUGAUUAAUGAUGAGACUGAUUGUAAUGGUUAAGAAAUAAAUGAUUUAUGGAGA